GUGCCGUACCUUUCCGGAUAUUGACUUGUCGAGUGGAGAGAUCCAGCUGAGAACAUCCAUCGGGGGAGGUGGCAGACAGGCGAACUGCGGGAGGAGAGCACCGGGCGUAGGGACACCAGAAGGAGAACCGCAGAAAUGGGAGUGGAGAUCGAGACGAUCACUCCGGGUGACGGAAGGACUUUCCCCAAAAAAGGGCAGACGUGUGUGGUGCAUUAUGUUGGCUGCCUUACAGAUGGACGGAAGUUUGACUCCUCUCGGGACCGGGACAAACCUUUCCGCUUCAAGAUUGGCAAACAGGAAGUGAUCCGAGGCUGGGAGGAAGGUGUCGUGCAGAUGAGCGUUGGUCAGAGAGCCAAGCUGACCUGCUCAUCAGACUUUGCGUAUGGAAACAAAGGCCACCCAGGCAUCAUCCCUCCUAACGCCACGCUCGUCUUUGACGUUGAGCUUCUCGGUUUGGAAUGAAGCCGUCCUGCAGGCCGGCUGCUGCGUGAUGUCACACUACAGCAAUCUGGAGAAAAAGCUUGGAGUCUUUGCUUAAGAGGCUUGACUUUACUGUUCCACCAUUCAUUUAAUCAAAUUAAGACUGUUUUGUGUUUUUGUUUCCAUGUUUCUUCAUGAUAAUCUUUCUUGCUGAAGCAUAACCUCAAACCUUUUACGCAAACGCAUAACCUUUUUUUUUGUUGUUGUGGUUUUUUGGUGGUGGGGGUGGAAGGGGGGGGUUGUUGCCGUUUGUGCAAAAUGACGCUCAGAUGAGCAAAAAUACCAAUGAACCACUUGCAGCGACAUUCACCUCUUCAGAGAACUGUACUGGUGUUAGAAUAGCAGGAACCUCGUCGUAUCAGAAACAAACACGUAUGAAAAUGAAAAGCACACAUUUGUGUCCCUCCCCAGUUUAAACGUUUCUGCUCUGAACUGUUUUUCCUCGUGAUAACGCUCGCUGAAGAGUGACCAGGACAUUGUUGUUAAUAAUUUGUGCCUAAACAUGUUACCCCCUUGCCCUGUCUGCAUGGUUUAAUGGCGCCUGAUGGGAAAUCUACAUGUAAUCGCCUUGCAUCCACUUUUCCUUUGCGGCUGCCUUUUCACCUUUUUUUUUAAAACCCCAUUUAAAGCCAUACGCAGCUGGGACUGCAUUGACACACUAAUUGAAGUCUGAUUUCGUUUUUUAAAAAGCUCUGAAAUGCUUGAAACUGACAAAAGAGGGCUAUGGAAUGAGAUCAUACCUUCCCUGGUCCUUUUCUUUCUGUGUAACAUUUGGAAUCAUUAGUUUUUAAAGGCCAGGUAUCUAUCUACCAAGAAUAAAGUAAGCAAAUUUUUUUUUCCUCUUUUAAAUAGCUUUAGUUGGGUAGUUAAAUGUUUUUGUAGAAAUAAAAGGCUAAAAUCCAGGCAUCCACAUGGUUUUUAUAUCUGAAAUAGUUUUAAAUGGAGUUUAAAUGCAGGAAUUUGCUGGCCUGGCUGUAUCAUAGUGACUGUCCGUGUCGCAUAUCGGCCGAGCUGUGACCGGUAUGGCAGCAGAGCGCCUCUGUGCUGUGUAGUUCUGUGCUGAUAUGUUACCGUAUUCAGGCUAAACCAAUGAUGAAGUAUUUAAAAAAUAAAAGAGGUGCUCUACACCUGUUUAUGCAA